AUGAGGCCGCCCACCAUCGAAGAAGAAACAUGCUCGUUCUGCCUGCCGCUGGACGCCGGCGUGUGGGUCGAGGGCCGUGCCAUCCCCUACACCCUACGGGACCUCGAGCGAGGGCAGCGCGUGCUGUGCUACGACUCGCGGGGGCGUUCGAUCAGGUACGCGGAGGUGCUCGAGAAGCGGGUCGACUUCGGGGAGGUCCCCCGCGUCGGCGCCGGCCUCGGCGCCGGGGCGCAGCUGGUGAUGGCGGCGAGCCAGGCCGUGCAGCUGGCACGCCAGAGAGAGGCGGUCUGGGCUGCGGACCUGUCCCCAGGGAGAGGCGGCGCGGUCGUGCACGGGGCGGCGGCGGUGCCCUGCGUGGUCGAGGAGGCGGCGCGGCAGGCAGAGGCGCGGGGGAGCGCGCGCGGGUGGGCCCACCUGGCCGUGAGGCACCCCGACGGGCUCUCGGUUCUGGUGGGGAGCUCGGAGGCGGAGCGCGUCGUUGAUACGGGCGUGCUCGUCGAGCGGCGGCAGGCGCAGAGUGCCCGCGGCACCGCCCUGCGCGCGCUCUCGGCUCAGGACGGCGAGAGCUCGCGGGGGGCCAGGUCUCCGUCGGACGGAGCCGCCCCGGGCUGGGACCCCGAGAAGGGCUCGGGUGAGGGGGGGCUGCCAGCGGCUUCGCAGGCCUCGGCAACGUGA